AUGGGGAAGUGUUGUCAACUUAUUAUGGGGCCUGCUGGUUCUGGAAAAUCAACUUAUUGCAAAUAUAUGAAACAGUAUUUAGAAGACCUUCAUAGAAAACCAUUUAUGAUUAACCUUGAUCCAGCGAUUGAUGAAAGUUAUUAUGAUAUUGAUAUAGAUAUUAGAGAUUUAAUUACAGUUGAAGACGUUAUGAGUGAACUUCAUUAUGGUCCAAAUGGAGCGUUGGUGUAUUGUUUAGAAUAUUUUUUGGAUAAUAUUGAAUGGUUUGAAGAACAACUUGGAGAUUAUGACGAUGAUUAUUUGAUCAUUGAUUGUCCAGGACAAAUUGAGUUAUACUCUCAUCUUCCAGUCAUGUCAAGAUUUGUUGAUUUUAUGAAAAGAGAGAAUUAUUUUAUGUGUGGUGUAUUUUUGGUUGACUCUCAAGUAUUAACUGAUUCUGCUAAAUACGUGAGUGCAGUUUUAUGUUGUUUGUCAGUCAUGACAUCCCUUGAAAUUCCACAUUUAAAUGUACUUUCUAAAAUGGAUUUAUGGAGUAAAAAUAUGCAGAACACUGAGACAUUUUAUGACUUCUUAGAAAAUGAUCCACUUUUUACUAGCUCACUAGAUGAACAAGUGGGAGAUCGUUAUCAUAACUUAAAUGUUGCAUUAGUUGAAUUAGUUCAAAGUUAUUCACUUGUUGGAUUUAGUCCAUUAAACAUCAAGAAUGAAGAAACUAUUGAUGUUCUUCUUCAAAAAAUUGACACAUGUCUUCAAUAUUACGAUGAUGCAGAACCACAAGAACCAAAAGAUGAAGAAGAAAUGAAUGAUUUAGAUUGA